AUAACAUUUGGGUUGUUAUGACACAAAAAAAAUAAAAGAAAAAAACUAAGUCUUAAUAAUAUUCAUUUUUAUAUAUCGAUUACGCGUUGGUGUAGAUUGAGAAACUUGUGUCGCGUAUUGCUAUUCGGUCGCCAUUACAUAUCGCUUUGCAAGUAUUAAUUUCAUAAAUGAUUGCUUUUGUGAAAGAGAUUCCUAGUGUCAUAUAAAUCGCGGGUCAAUAUAAAAUUCUCCGUAACAAAAACAAAAGAAUAACAAGUUUUUUAAAAGAUGGCACCGCCUAGACGUAUACUAAAACAACAAUUGGAAUUAUUGUUAAAUUUUCUUGAAGAGAAUAAAGAAAUGUCAAAAGGUUUAAUACCUGGAACUCCGGUUUCCCAUCAAGAGACGCGGCAAAAAUGGACUACCUUAGCUAAAAGACUGAAUGCUGUGCAAGGAGGUGCUUUAAAGACACCGGAUGGAUGGAAAAAGUACUGGUUUGAGUGGAGGCACAAAUGUAGAAAAAAAGCCAGAAGAAAAUACCAAAAUGAUGCCAAUGGUGGCUCCGUGAAGAUAGUGCCAUUUAAUGAGUUAGAAGUGAGAGCUCUAGAGCUCAGUGGAGGAGGAACAAUAGCACCAGCUGUUAGUACAUCAAAAAUAGAAAAUGAAGAUGAUGAUUCAGACUCGGUGCCACUCGAGAGCAUUAAAACACAAUCCACACCAGUGAUAGUUAAAGUUAGACAGCUUUCCAGAACAUCAACAGAUGAAAACAUACAUUCAGAAUCACCUCCUCCGAGAUGGGCGCUGGACAUAGAAGAGAGGCGAAUAGCGGCAGAGGAGCGCAUGGCGGAGGCUCUUGAAUCUAUAGCUUCUGUGAUGCGGAUACAAGAAGAAAGAAGGGCGAUGUUAGAGGAGAGAUUAGCUGAAGCAUUGACUGAAGUAGCGGGCAGUGUCCAAGAUCUCAAUGGCAGGGUGCAAGAGGCUGUGGAUCACUUACAAAAAAUAUACCCCGUGCAAUCAAAUGGCCCAGAUAUUAAAAAAGUAUUUAUGUAGAUUAGAUUAUAGGUGCUAUAAUAAUUAUUUAUUGGGAUUCAAAUGUAAUAUGCCUUUCAGGCUAGUUUUUAUUACAAUUUAAAAUAAUGCAAAAUGUUUUUAUGACCUGCAUUUAUUGUAUUAUUGUAAAUAUACUUAUUAAGAAAUAUUUUAGUAUCAGAAAUAUAUGCGAUGAUUUAGUGAUAACAAAA